GUAUAAGUAACAAAGCUUUUACAAGUAUGCUUAAAAUGUUUAAAAGUGUGUUACCUAGUGAUUCAAAUGUGCCAUCAACAUACUAUGAAGCACGUAAAAUGAUUACUGAUUUUGGUUUUGAUUAUGAGAAGAUUGAAGCAUGUGAAAAUGAUUGUAUAUUAUUUUGGAAAGAGAAUGCUAACCUUAAAAAGUGUAUUGUAUGUGAUACUAAACGUGACGCAACUUCCCCUAAGGUGCUACGAUAUUUCCCAUUAACACUAAGGAUACAAAGGUUGUUUAUGUCUUCUAAAACUGCUAAUGAAAUGAGAUGGCAUAAAGAUAAGCGGGAAGAUGACGGAGUUCUUAGGCAUUCAGCAGAUAGUAAAGCAUGGAAACAUUUUGAUGUGACAUAUAAGUCAUUUUCUGCAGAUUCUCAGAACGUCAGUUUAGGUUUGGCAUCUGAUGGAUUUAAUCCAUUUGGUGGUUUAAGAAGUGAUUAUAGCAUAAGGCCAGUAGUGAUUGUUGUGUAUAAUCUCCCGCCAUGGAUGUGUAUGAAACAACCUUAUACUAUGCUAUCUUUGUUAAUUCCAGGCAAAAGUGCACCAGGAAAUAAUAUUGAUGUAUACUUACAACCUUUAGUUGAAGAGCUAAAGCAAUUGUGGGAAUUCGGGGCUAAGACUUAUGAUGCAUCAAAAAAUGAAUAUUUUCCUAUGCAUGCAGCUCUCUUAUGGACCAUCAACGAUUUUCCAGCUUAUGCUAAAUUAUCUGGGUGGUCUACUAAGGGCUAUAAGGCUUGUCCCCGUUGUUUGAAUGAAACCUCUUCAACUAGAUUACCUAAUUGUGGUAAGUGUUGUUAUAUGGAUCAUCGUUGCUUUUUACCUGCUGAUCACAAAUGGAGACACAAUAAGUCUUUUAAUGGUAAAGUUGAAACAAGGGGUCCACCAAAGAAAUUAUCAGGUAGUGAAAUAUUAGAGCAAGUUAAGGAUCUUGAAGGUAUGAAGUUUGGGAAAACCAGUAAGUUACCAAAGAGAAAUGACAAUUGGAAAAAGCAGAGUAUAUUUUUUAAAUUGCCUUAUUGGAAUAACCUCUUGCUUCGUCAUAAUCUUGAUGUUAUGCAUAUCGAAAAAAAUGUUUGUGAUAAUAUUCUUGGCACUUUACUCGACAUUGAAGGUAAAAGCAAAGACAAUAUUAAAGCUAGACAUGAUUUAAAACAUGUAAAGAUUAUGAAGCAUCUUGCUCCGAAAUUGAUUGACGGAAAAUGGCAUAUGCCACCAGUACCUUAUACAUUAUCCAAAGCUCAAAAAUUAACAGUGUACAAAUUUUUGGAGGAUAUUAAAGUUCCGGAUGGGUAUUCAUCUAACUUUUCUAAGUGCAUCAAUCUUGAGAUGCGUAAAAUAUGGGGACUUAAAACGCAUGAUUGUCAUGUGCUUUUAGAGGAAUUGUUGCCGUUGGCAAUUCGUGGAGUAUCAUCUUCUAAAGUGUACGAGGUGAUUACUAAAUUGAGUGCAUUUUUUAAGAAUUUGUGUUCCAAGACUUUAAAAUUAGAGGACUUGAAUGAUCUUGAGGAUCAUAUUGCAAUCACCUUGUGUUAAAUGGAAAAGAUUUUUCUUCCCUCUUUUUUUGAUGUAAUGGUGCACUUAUGUGUUCACUUAGCUGAGGAAGCUAAGAUAGCAGGGCCAGUUCAUUAUCGAUGGAUGUAUCCUAUUGAAAGGUAUUUAUUUAUUUUGAAUGAAUUGUGAAAUUUCUUUGUUAACAUGAACAUAUAUUCAUAAUUUAUAGUGUUGUCUUACAGGUUAUUACGAAAAUUCAAAUCAUAUGUUCGCAAUAAAAAUAGACCGGAGGGAUCCAUUGCAGAAGGAUAUAUAAUAGAGGAGUGUAUGUUCUUCUGUUCAAGAUAUUUAAAUGAUAUGGAGACUAAAUAUAACAUGUUAGAGAGGAAUGCAGAAGAAGAAACUGAUGCUUAUAAGGGAUUAUCAAUAUUUGCAUCAUUUGGCGCUCCCUUGGGAAAGGCUAAAUCUAAAUCUCUAACUACCGAAGACUUGAUACAAGCUCGAGAAUAUGUGCUUAAAAAUUGCGACGAAACUGAGUCAUACUUAAAUGAAUAUGCAGAAGCGGGAUCUGAUAAAAAUUUGGUAGAAUGGUUUCAAGAUCGGGUUACAACAUUGCCAGAAAGUGAGGAUCAAGUUGUCAAAGAUUUAAAAACUUUGGCUUUAGGGUCGUUUAGAGGUUUCCAGUGUUUUGGUGGAUAUUUGGCUAAUGGAUUCAGCUUUCAUACUAAGGACAUUGAAAAGAAGAGAAAAAAUCAGAAUUCUGGUGUUAUGGUUAAAGGAAUUGCAGAGUCAAAAAAUAUUGACUACUUUGGGGUGCUUAAUGACAUAAUUAUGCUGCAGUAUUUAGAGGGAAAGCGUGUGAUCUUGUUUCGUUGUGAUUGGUGGGAUGUUCAUAAGAUUAGUAAAGGGGUUAAGAUUGACAAAUGCGGUGUAGUUAGUGUUAACACUAAAUGUAAGCUAAUUAUUGAUGAGCCAUUUAUGCUUAUGUCUCAAGCCCAACAAGUAUUUUUUGUUAGAGUCGGAUUUGAUACAAGCUAGUUGGUUGUGAUUAAGACCCAUCCGCGAAAUCAAUACAA